AUGUCACAGCAGGCGCUGGAAAGUACGGGUGUGAAAAUUUCCAACUGCUCGAAACCGUUCGCCUGUACCGAAUGCAACAAAUUGUUUCGACAACUGAGCACGCUGACCAACCACAUGAAAAUACACACCGGCGAAAAACCGUACAAGUGCUCGAUCUGUGAGAAGGAGUUUCGCCAAACGACUACACUAUCGAAUCACAUGAAAAUUCAUACAGGUGAAAAACCCUUUAGCUGUAACUUUUGUGACAAACAGUUCCGCCAGCUAAGUACCCUGUCAAACCACAAGAAAAUACACACCGGUGAAAAACCGUUCGAAUGUUCGGUUUGCGGCAAACAGUUCCGACAGUCCAGCACGCUCAACAGUCACAUCCGGAUUCAUUCGGAUGAUAAAUUUUGCAUAAAACCCUUCAAAUGCAGCAUCUGUCCGAAGGAGUUCCGCCAGACGACGACCCUAGCGAAUCAUAUAAAAAUUCACACUGGUGAAAAGCCGUACGCAUGCACAUACUGCAGCAAAACGUUUCGCCAGACGGGAACACUUUCGAACCAUCUGAAGAUACACACCGGCGAAAAGCCGUUCGAGUGUUCGGUUUGCGGUAAACAAUUCCGGCAGUCGAGUACGUUGAACAGCCACAUUCGUAUCCACGCGGACGAUAAGUAUUGCAAACCUUCACAAACGGAACAGCGGUCCAUUGUGACGAUAAACGGCGGGCUUAAUUUAAAAGAGGAGGACGUCAAACCGUUCUUUGCCAUGAUGUAA